GGGGAAUUGCGGUGGCGGUGGCGGCCGGGCCAUAGCGGCGGGGUAGCGCCACGGCGGGAGGAGAAUGAGCAUAUGUCGUUGGUGUACGCCCGGUGCUUCCUGCACCACUGACUUCCUGAGCAACUAUGCUUCCAAACGGUUGCCCCCUGAAGAUCUUGCAGCAGCCAGCGAUGAUCUUUGUUACUGCCUGGAGUGUGUGGUUGAAUACCACAAGGCAAGGGAUGAAGUGCCUUCCUUGCAUGAGACACUGUGGGAGAUGGAAACCUCCCGUCUUAUUGCCCACAUGGAGAAGUCCAUGAAGGAAGAAAUUGAAGAGGACGAUGAAUUGUUUAUAGUAGACGAGAAUGGGGAAACACAGCUGUCUGGUUAUACUGGCCCAGAUUUUGAGAACAACCUGCGAGUACCUCUUCUAGAAAUACUGAAAUAUCCAUAUUUGCUACUACAUAAGCGCAUCGGUGAGCUGUGUGUUGAGGCUCUCUGUAAAAUGGAGCAAGCUAACAGCUCCUUUCAGGUCUUUGAGAAACAUCCAGGGAUUUAUCUACUCUUGGUACACCCCAAUGAAGUGAUUCGUCGGUGGGCCAUCCUGAUGGCAAGAAAUUUGGGGAAGGUUGACAGGGAUGAUUACUAUGAUUUGCAAGAAGUGUUGACUUGUUUGUUUAAAGUCAUUGAGCUGGGGCUUUUUGAUAGUCCUGAUAUUUAUUGUUCUUCAGUGAUAGAGAAAGGAAAGCUCAUUCUUCUUCCAUCCCAUUUGUAUGAUUCUGCCAACUACAAGAACUACUGGUUAGGUAUCUGUAUGUUACUAACAGUGCUGGAAGAACAAGCGAUGGAUUCUUUGUUGCUGGGCCCCGACAAGCAGAAUGAUUUCAUGCAGUCUAUACUUCACACCAUGGAGAAACAAACAGAUGAUGAUAAUGCUGAUCCCUUCUGGCCAGCGCUGCACUGUUUCAUGGUGAUUUUGGAUCAACUUGGUUCUAAAGUGUGGGGUCAACUGAUUGAUCCAGUCCAGGCUUUUCAAACUAUAAUCAACAAUGUGAGCUACAACAACGAAAUACAAAAUAUACGCAAUAGCUCUAGGAGACCCAAAACUGAACCGGAGUCAGAGUACGGGGAGGAUAUGGUUACUUGUAGCCAAAUUGUCUAUAAUUACAACACGGAAAAGCCCAAAAAGGAUGCUGGAUGGAAGACUGCCAUUUGUCCAGAUUAUUGCCCCAAUAUGUAUGAAGAUAUGCAGACAUUGGCCAAUGUGCUUCAGUCUGAUAUUGGCCAAGAUAUGCGAGUCCAUAAUAGUACAUUUUUGUGGUUCAUCCCUUUUGUUCAAUCACUUAUGGAUCUCAAGGACUUGGGAGUAGCCUACAUUGUAGAGGUCAUUCACCAUCUCUGCUCAGAAAUCAAAGCCGUUCUCAAUGAAAGAGUUCAGCAGUGUGACAAAGUCUCUGAAUUUUUCAUCCUGAUUUUAGUGUCGAUUAUUGAGCUACAUAGAAAUAAGAAGUGUCUGCAUUUGUUGUGGAUUAGCUCACAAGAGUGGGUGGAAGCAAUGGUGAAAUGUUCUAAACUCCCAAAUGUAGCAUUUAUGCGGCAUGGUGAAAAAACACCAGCAAUAUCCUCUCAGUCUUUUAACUCAGUGCAGUAUGCAUGUGUUCAGUUGAUACGCAGCCUUCUUCGAGAAGGAUACCAAAUAGGACAGCAAACUCUUUGCAAGCAAUACCUAGACAAACUAAAUCUGCUUCUCCGUGGAAACAUCUCUCUGGGUUGGCACCUGAGCAGCCGGGAAACCCAAGAAUUACAAACCUGUUUAAAGCAGGUAAUAAAAAGUAUAAAGGACAAAUCCACAAGUUCUUCAUUCCUUUUGGAGAACAGCUUAAUCUGUACAACUUCAUCUGCUGUUCCUAUGAAGCAAGAGAAAGGGAAAUCUGAUGACAGAUGUAAAAUGAAGACACAUCCCAAGGAUGACUUCAGCCCAUCAUUUUCUUCAGCAUGUAGGAGAGAUGAAGUAUGUCCCCAGAGUCCUUCCCCGAGAAGAGGAGAUGCUUGGGAAGAGGAAUAUAAAAUACCAUCUGCCUACAAUUCCUAUGCAACUACCGACUGCUUUUUGACAAAUGUUAAAAAAGAACUCAGUGGGUCAGCUGUGGAGCAUGAAGGUCAAACUAGCUUUGUAACAACAGACAAAUACAGGGAUAUCCAGAAAAAUGAAAAUAACCCCCAAGUAGAGAACUAUGCCAAGAAUAGUACCUUACUUAAUCAGGUGUGCAGCCCAGAUCUCCACUGUUCUGAUUUAAAAAGCUGUGGGGUGUUGGAAGCCAAUUGUAAAACAGGAGCCAGGUUGCCAGCGUGUCUGACUGCUCAGCCUUGUAUUACUUCUGAAGUCAUUUGCAACUCAAAUGAAAAAGAUGUCAGUCUCUCCCUUAAUGCCUGCUCAAGUUUUAAGGUAGAUGACAAUAAACUCAGCAAUUUGAAAACCAAUGUACAGAAAGGUGAUUUGGCCACAAAAUUAUUGCAGUUAAUGAAGUCAUCACCACAUUUGAAGAAAAACAAAGCAAAUGAUGCGCCAAAUUCAGGAGCAGACCAACCACAGUCUCGUCCUGAGAGCGUGCAUGCAAAAGAAGAUCGUAGCAAAGAUCUGGGAGUGAAUGUUGCGUGUGAAGGUGAAAUGCCGAUUAGUUGUCAUACUCCAAAAGGCCCUGAAAGUCAGGAGGGCAGAUGCCUGGAUGGUAUUGUUGAGAUCAAUUCUCUCUCUGCUAAGCAAGAAAAAAAUAAUGCACAACUAGAGUUUUCAAGUUUCUUUAAAAAAGAGGUUAAUUUGCCUAAAAAUGAAGUGGGUGGUGAUGAUGAUAACCAUAUUCCAUGUACAGCGAUUAUAGGUAACUUGCCAAAAAAGAUAUCCCAUGCAGGAAGAUCAAGUUCUUUGUCAAAGUGUCUGUUAAAUAAAGACUUGAAUGCAGAGUCUUCAGACCAAGAGCAGUCUAAUUUUGGCAAUUUACAUCCAAGGCAAGAUGCCUGCAAAGAACAAAUUGUGAGCAAACUACACAUGGAUGCAAUUUCAGUGGGUGUUAGUAUUCCACCUAUAUCUAGUGGUGAAGGGGGGAGGCCUAGUAAUACCCCUCAAAUCAGUCCACACUCGAUUAAGAGAGAAUCAGAAGAGAGGCCAUUAACAAUUUCCAGGUAUUUUAAAAGAGAAGGGGUUUUGGAGAGAAAAAACGAGAGUACAGAAGUGAUUGCAUGUGAUUUAGCGAAUAGGAUUUCUGGAUCUAGGACCUUAACAGACUCUCAGCUCGAUAGAGACCUUCACAAACUAUCUUUAGCUGCCUAUACCAAAAGUGUCAACUUUUCUCUUGAUUCGAGCCAAGAAAUCUUACCACAGCAUUGUCUGCCUGACAUAAUGAGGAAAGUAAAAGGUGCUGUUAGAUCGUCUAAUGGCCCAAGUAAUGAGACCUCAUUUGAUACAGAUUGUCCCAACAAUCAAGUCAUUAUCAUUUCAGAUUCAUCUUCUGAUGAUGAAAAAAAAAUAGUUAUUGAGAAACAAACUGGAAAAAUAGAUGAGAGCAUAUGUCCAGAAAAGCAGCCUUUAACAUCUGCCUGUGUUUCUGAUGGUGUGAGUAAGAAAGAACAGAUGAAGAGUCAUAGCUCCCCAUUGCCAUACGAGGAAUAUGAAUCUCAGUAUUUUGAAUUUGAAACUGAAGAUGAUGUCUUUUCAGUUUGGCAAGAUUCUCAGAUGGAUGACAAAAACGUGAAUCAAGUCCGUGAGCAGAUGCCUUCAGCAAGCAGCUCUUCUUCAAAUAAUUUACAGUUGGAAGAUGAGACAAAUGAAUGGGGCUAUGAUACAGAUUACAUCAGCGAUGAUGUCAUUGAACAAGCAGCCAAGGAUGCUGAAAAGCAGAUAAGUUCUGUUUUUUAUCAGAAGAAAGUUAGUAUAGCUGAAAUAAAAUCCGAGUUAACUAGUCAGGAACCUGCUAUAAAGAGAAAUGCAGCAGAUCAAGUGGAGAGUUCUUACACGCGUCCUGUUGCUAAACAUGGUAUAAAAAAAACAAGCCUGACAGAACUCAGAACAUCUACAUCAAAAACAUCAUUAGCUAAGAAGCUGGCUGUUAAAAAAGGCAGUGCAAGUCCAAGUAAAAGUUUAGCAAAAUCCAAAGUGGCAAGAGCAGCUUGCAGGAGUCCUAGAAAAAUGAAUCUUAAAACUACACAAAGCAAAAAAUUGCCUCAGGCCCGUUGUAAAAAUACUGAACCCUGCAGGUCAACCCCUGCCGUAGUUCCUCCAAAGAAAGUUCGCCAGUGUCCUAAACCAACGUCAGCUGCAGAAAAACUUGGUUUGAAAAAGGCACCCCGCAAAGCUUUUGAGUUAUCUCAGCGGUCUUUAGAGAGUAUGGCCGAACUGCGUAACUAUGGCAGAGUUGCUGGAGCAGUUACGGUUCCACAGAAACAAAAAACUAUAUUAAUUGAUCCCCAGAAUCUUCGUGUCAAAAAUAAUAAAAAAAUGCUGGCUUCCCAAGAUCUGCAGUUUUUAAGGCAGACAAGGCCCAAACAAGAGGGCAGAGAGAGAAAUCGGGUUGGAAGUUCUGGGAGUAGAAGCAAAAGAAUAGUUAAAAGGGCAGACCCGACGGCUGCUAUACAGCAACCUACAGCUUUUGACUUGGCUUCUGCUUCAAGAACCAGUCAAAGAACAGCUGAGCUGGUUGGUUGUCUUUCUACCCGGGACAAAAUACAGAUGAGGAAAAGUUGCUCAUCUGAGAGAGAGGAAGUGCAGCCUGUACCUAUGUUUAAAAUGCCUGCCUCUGCAGAGUCCACCUCUAAAACAGAAGGCAACAAUACAGCAAUUCCUGCUUUGCCAUAUUUUCCUUCCCCUUUAACUGCAGAGGGCAAAAGUGAAUCCGCAGAAAAAGACUGCAUUGUCAAGGCCACCUCCUUGUUACCACCUCAGUGUCAGGAGGCAAAUUUAAAAGAGAACAUGUUUAAAUUGAAUGAAAAUGAUGACGAUGACUUAUUUUUAACUCAGUCAGAUCCUGUGGAUAUGGAAAUGUGUUCCCAACUGGAAAACAUUAUUAUACUUCCUAGUAAAGAGCCACUAGAGAUGGAAGUAAAUGCUGCUGAAAGCCUGUUGCAGAAUGAUCCUUCCAAUAUUGUGAUGUGUAAGUACAAAGACUGUAUAGAGAAGGUGGAAAAAACAGGGGAGUAUUGUAGUAAGCAUUCUCUUACUGAUUCAUCAGAUCAUCUCUUUGUCAAGCCUCUGCCACCAAAGAUUGCCAAACCUCCUACUACCAAAAUUUUCAACUCAAACUCUUCUUCGCGGAAUGCCAGUCUCAGUAAGGAUCUUGAAAAUAGUUCAAGACUUCCCCUGGUUUCAAAAAACAAAUCGAAUGCAGUAAAACCUGCAGCAUCCAAGCCAAUGAAUCCAAAAGCUGUAUCAUCAGAGAAUCGGGUGUUCAAGACUCCAAGUUUGAACAGUAUUCUUCGGCCCCAGAAUUCCAGCAAUGUUCUCCGGGCCCAGAACAUGCAGACCAAAGCUGUUUCAAAUUUCCAGGGUUGGCUUGCAUCUCAGACUUGUGUAGGGCAAGAAAAACGGGUCUCUUACUUCCCACGGUCAAAUACCCUUGUCACUGUGCAGCGUGAUCCUACUAUUUUUGUUAAAGAAGUCCUGAAAUGGAAUUAUGAAAUAUUUGCCAACUUUGGCAGUUUUGGACCUCCAAAUAACCUCCUUCAGGCAAUCAUGGCAUCUGUUCCUGUCAAGUUCCAAGGAUACAAUGACUAUUUUGACACAUUUUUCCCCUUGAUGAUGCUAAAUGCCUUUGAAACGCUGGCACAAGAAUGGCAAGAAAAUCAGAAGGCUAAAGAGAAGAAUGCUUAUCAUUUGCAUUUAAAAAAGUUCUCUGCUGACUUGAAUCAAGCUGAAUUUACAGUUUACAUUCGGGAAAGGGAUCUCGUCAAGCAGCUUCAUCCAAAGGAGGAAGAUUUGAUUUUUCUGGUUGUGCAUGAAAAGCAAAACCCCUUGGCAGAGGAAAGCGAGAAGGAUUGCCGUCCUGUGCGUCAUGUUGGUCACGUGACCCGCUUCUCCCGUACCCAUUUCACGGAACGAGGUCAAAAUGAGCAGCAUGUUGUUUGUCGUCUUUUUGUCCAAACACGAGGCAAUUUGUCAUCCUACAUAAAUCAGCAGGUGAAAUGUGAAGUGGUCAGCUCUCUAGUUACUACACAACGAAAGUUCAGAGGUCUGCUACUGUUGGGUAGGAGUCCUCUUGCUAAAGCCAUCAUACAUCCAAAUUAUAAUGACUUCUGUCCAAGAGAUUUGACCACAGCUUCCGAGAGAACUACAUCAUACUAUAAAGAAUACAAUGAAGAUCAGAAGAAAGCUAUUGAAACAGCUUAUGCGAUGGUGAAGCAGCACCCAGGCCUUCCUAGAAUUUGCCUGAUUCAUGGACCACCUGGUACAGGAAAAUCAAAAACUAUUGUUGGACUGCUGUUCCGUAUCUUAAAUGAGAAGUCUGAGAAGGAGAAUCCAGCUCAAAAUAUGAAUGCCAAGAUCAAACGAAAUCGUGUUCUGGUUUGUGCACCAUCCAAUGCUGCUGUUGACGAGCUCAUGAAAAAGAUCAUCCUUGAAUUCAAAGAAAAAUGUCAAAAUAUAAAAAGUCCUUUGGGGAACUGUGGAGAUAAAAACCUAGUGCGACUGGGUCCACAAAAAUCAAUCAGCACUGAUGUCCUGAGAUUCAGCUUGGAUAGUCAAGUUAGCUACAGAAUGAACCGGGGUCACUCUGGCCGUGAUCAAGAUCUUCACAAGAGAAAAGAAGCUCUGGAUCGUCAGCUGGACAUGCUCUCUCGUCAGCGAGCCAUGGAUAGGUGUGAAAAGAGGGAGAAGAGUCAAAAGUUGGAUGAUGAAAUUGGCAGACUUUCAAAAGAGAGGCAAGAGCUCGCUUCUCAACUCAAGGAGGUUCGAGGCCGUCCACAGGAAGUGCAGGCUAGCAUCAUUUUGGAGUCCCACAUCGUCUGCUGCACAUUGAGCACAAGUGGAGGUUUUCUGCUGGAGUCUGCUUUUCGACGACAAGGACUUGACCCUUUCAGUUGCGUCAUUGUGGAUGAGGCAGGACAAGCAUGUGAGGUUGAAACUCUCAUUCCACUGAUACAUCGCUGUAGUAAACUUGUCCUUGUUGGAGAUCCCAAGCAACUCCCUCCCACUGUAAUAUCCAUGAAAGCUCAGGAUUAUGGCUAUGAUCAGUCUUUGAUGGCUCGCCUGCACAAACAUCUGGAAGAACAGGUGCAGCAAAAUAUUAUAGGGAAGCUACCAGUUGUGCAGCUGACUGUGCAAUACAGGAUGCAUCCUGACAUCUGCCUCUUCCCAUCCAACUAUGUUUAUGGGAAGACUCUGAAGACUGACAGAGCAACAGAGGAGAGCCGAUGUUCUUCAGAUUGGCCAUUUCAGCCCUACCUGGUCUUUGAUGUAGCGGAUGGGCAUGAGAAACGGGAUAAAGAUUCUUUUGCAAAUCCCCAGGAAGUGAAGCUGGUGGUGGAAUUAAUUAAAACAAUAAAAGAAAAAAGAAAGGAUACUGGUUCUCGUAACAUUGGAAUAAUCACCCCUUACAAUGCACAGAAAAAGAUCAUUCAACAAGAAUUGGACAGAGAAUUUGGAAAAGACAGAGCCGGAGAAGUUGACACAGUGGAUGGGUUCCAGGGCCGACAGAAAGACUGCAUUAUAGUGACAUGUGUCCGAGCGAACAGUGCACAUGGGUCGAUUGGGUUUCUGGCAAGUCUUCAGCGUCUGAACGUUACCAUCACCCGAGCCAAAUUGAGCCUCUUUAUACUUGGAAGAUUAAAAACACUCAUGGAAAAUAAAGACUGGAAUGAGCUGAUACAGGAUGCUCAGAGGAGGGGUGCCAUCAUUAAGACGAGUGACAAGACCUAUAAGAAGGAUGCUGCUAAAAUCCUAAAGUUCAAGCCAGCAUUGCCACGGCCAUCUCCCCGUUGUCCCAGUACUGCACUGCCUGAAAAGGCUACUCGAGGGCAGCCUUGUUCAGGCAGUGACAGGCAGAUUGAUGUCACCAACAAAAAAGACAGCAACAGUUCUAGGAGACAGUGUGACAGUGCUGGACCCUUGGCACAAGGUAGCGGAGGGCUCAAACGGCCACAAGAAUCUCAGCAUUCAGACGCCAGGGGUGUCACGGUACCCACAGAAGCGAGGGCUGCAGUGCAGCCUGCUGUUCGAGAGAAACUACAGGAUCCAAGACUGGCUAAGAGAAGUGAAGCAACAGGGAAGGAGCAGGCCUUCGAGAACGGUAAGCCGUCACCUCUGAGAAACCCAGGAAUGACAUCACCAAGGGUCUCUGAGGCAUCUUCAGCUCACAGGAGUCAGAGCAGCACUGUACAGCCCUCUGUCUCCAAGGCAGACACUUCUACCAAGUGCAGCCUGUCUGAGAGACAGCCAGACUUGCCUGUCAGGUGUUCCCACAUAGCUAGGCAGAACCAUGACAAGAAUGCUUCUGUGACCAUGAGAGAGGCAGGAACUAAAAGUGAAGGAGACCAAAAAAAUAAGACUGAGGGGAACAAAGACAAGACCAGCCUCUAUGCACAAAGGAGAGCAUCGGAACGGUCACCGGAGGACACAGGCUUCAGUAGUGCCAAGCGGAGAAAGAUCUCCUCUUAACUGACGUCUUCACAGGAUCAGCUACGGCAGGCAGCCCUCCCUACUAAAAUGAGUCCCAGCAAGUCCUUAGAAAUGUGGAUUACAUUUGAAAAACAAAUGUCAUUUAUAUAUUUUUUUCUAUUCCAUCAUUUGACUAUGGGGGGGAGUCAUACCUGCAGUACAAGGUGGGUAGUUGUCUUGUAUGUAACAGUAGUAAGUUUUGAACAGUCUUCCUCAGAAGUCGAAUGUAAAUGUUUCAGGAUUGUAUAUUUGUAUAGUAUACAGAGUUAUUUUAAAGUUCAGCUGAGUGAGCGUGCUGCUGCUUGUUUUCCUGGCUAAAUGCUAAUUUCUCAAUGAAAGAUUUUUUUUUUAAAGAAUCAAUAGAAAAUCUAACUAGAUUUUUAUUGUUAGCAGGUCUGAUCUAUUUAAUAGCAAAUGGAAAGUCUUGAAAAGAUUGCGAUGGUGGUAACAAGUCAGAUUUCUUUUUUAUUAUUUCUAAAUUUCAACUGGUUCCGUGUUGAAAAUUACGAGUAGGUGAGUGUUCAAUAGAGAGAGAUGCUUGUGUUGUAUAUUUUAUUUCCUCCUUUCAAAGGAACAAAGGAUCCCAUGUUCUGGCUGCUUAUUUGUCAGCUGGAGUCCUUAGUCUGCUGAUGUCAGUUGAGUGGAGUCAAAAGAGACUAGCAUUCCACGCAGGAAGGUAUCUGGGUUCCCACUGAAGUUGGCAGGAGCGGAGGUUUUGCCAUGUCUUCAACUUAUCAGGCCUGAUCGCUCCAUUUCAGAAAAAAGUAGUAGCACAUGAAAUCUGGAUCAGAGAUCUAGUUAAAGCUUAAUGAUGCUGAUAUUUGGCUUUGUUUUAGAGAGCUUGUUGAUAUCUACAGAGGCAACAAGGGAAAGCUGUUAGAGCUUAAGUAGGAGUAUUGUCAGAUUCUGUUUGCGAUGUUGAUGUUCAGAUACUAUACAGGUAAAAAGAAAAAUAAAGCUGCAAUAACUACUUUUUUCCAAGAAAGUCCUAUUCUCCUCCUAAUAAUUUCUUAAUGGAAUGUAAAGAAAAUACAAGUGGAUUUGCUUCUUCAUAGAAUGUGCUCACAUUCCCACAAAGCUAUUCUUUGAAUAAUAUAAGGAAUAUUUAGGGUUAUAAAACCCAACAGCUAGCAGCACUGCUUAUGGCAUACAGAUGGUGCUGAAAACAUACUUUCCUUAUGACCAUGAAGAUGACUUUUGAAGGGUUGACACUGACUAGAACUAGAUGCCAUGCAGAUGAGGAAGAAAUUUUCCCCAUGCAUUUCACUUAAAGUACUUAAUGUUUUCAACCUGCGUAUACCCCUGCCAUUCUUUUCCAAAGUCUAAUCUGAGAAGAAAAAAACAUUUGUGGUGUGGACAAAUGACCUCAGGACUAGCAAGAAGCCAUCAAACUCACUUAUUUAAGUAAGACCUGGUAAGACUUGAACCCGCCUUUUAAGGUGCAGAAUUAAGACUUAUCCUCAUUGUGUCUCUGAGAAUAGGCUAAUAGUGCAGUGAUCUCUGACUUAAUAAACAACGUAUGCCCAGCCCUGCACAUAAGUUAAUUUUGGUUCCAAUACCGAAAGAGUAUUCACAGUUAUCUGUAACAUGAGAGAAUGAAUUCUGCCUCACUUGCCUGCCACAGGUUAAAAAAUUUUGCUAAUGAUUGUGUUUACAUCUUGUACCCAACACUUGGUGUAAUGAUUCAUGCUAUGCUUGUGCCUUUCAAACCGCUGACAAACACCUCCUAAGUAGAGGUGUCACCACGAAACACAGACAUGCUAUAACUGUUGGAAGAAUAAUAGGCCAGUAGCCUAAAUGUAAAUUGAUAUAAAUUCAUGCAUCCAAGCAGGGGCAGAGACGUGCUUUUCCAGUGACAGCUGAAUAAAUAUACCCGAAGGUGCUCUCGCUGUAUCUGCGUGGCCCAGUCACUGCCUGCUGUUACCUGUAACAGUAAUGGUAGUGGGUAUUGAAAGAGGCAAAUUCUGGCCUCGGGGAGGCAUGUGCAGUGAAGUCACCAAACUGACAAGCCAGAGUUUUAGCCCCAAAGUUUUGUUUAACUGUCACGGCGUUACAGUCCUUUUGUCACUGCUUUUAUUUAACCUACCAGCAGCUCCUUAAGCAAUCAUGAAAGCUGUUCGGUAUUAUGCAUAAUCUGCUGGGGAUGUGGAAGGAGAAGAGCUCUUGGACUGAAUUGUUUAUUGUCAUCAGGAGUUAAGAGUCUUUAUAACUCUCAGAUGACAGACUCUGUGCCCAGAGUGGAUCUACAUCUAAGCUAAAUGGGAACGCUUUGAAGCACAGUCUUCCUUUAUAAACCUUGUGCCUCUCCUUGCUACUGCAACAUCAUGUUUCCUGCUGUAUUUGCUCAGCAUGGGUUAAAAGGGCUGGUUGCAAACUGCUGUAGGAUCCUAUAGCUAUGGAAACCAUGUAAUGCGUAUUUAUGUAAAUAAAUGAAGGCAAAAUCAGUCUCAGUCAGGGAAUGCUUUUCUAACCAUUAAAUGGAAAUCUGUCAAGCAGUUUUUUUUUAAAAGAAAAGAAACCUUCUUGGGACUCCUCUUCCACUCAAUCAGCUGUACAUUCCAGAGCAUAACUUAUCCCAAUAACAGUACCUGUCAUGCCAGAAAGAAUUUUGUCCUGGUGUCCAAUAUUGUCCUUGUGGCAUUGCAUCGCUUCUGCUUUGUGCAUGUAGUUUUAUAAAUUGUGUAUUUUUUCAAUAAACCCUAAUUGAUGAUGAUGUUACAA